CCAACAGCGGCGAAUCCUCCUAAACACCACGUCUACAAUCCUCUUCUAGUUCAGGAUCAGCUCUUGCAGCUAUGGCCGAUGUACGAGCAUUGCUCAAGAAUGAGCGCGCAGCUCGCAAAAUCCACCACAAACACGCCUCUUAUUCGGCGACAGGAACGCUGCUCUGUACCGUAUGCCGCCUCCAGCUGAAGAGCGAAUCCUUGUGGGACGGGCAUUUGAGGUCGGCGGGGCAUAUCAUGCGACUCCAGAAGCUCGAAGACAGCGAACAAAGACCCGAGCCCACUACCCCCGAAGCCGCGCCAAACGUGGACGGCAACAAGAAGAGAAAGGCCAGUGACGACGAGGACACGACGCGGAAACGCACCAAGGCGGCUGGUGGUCUGCCGGAAGGGUUCUUCGAUGCAGGAGAAGAGCAGGAACCAGAAGCCCCCGCCGUCCAAACACCGCGGAAGAACGAGAUGCGAAUUCCCUCUCGGCCAGCCACGCCCUUGAAACCGACAGAGGCAAAACCAACUGAAGUAAACCCCAAAAUACCGGAAGUGAAUGAAGAUGAAUGGGCGGCGUUUGAAGCAGACAUAGCCGCGGCUGAAGUCCCUGCUGCUACUUCGUAUACUGAGGGCGUGAUCUCCGCACCGGCGAUGUCAGCUGCUGAGCUGGCUGCCAAAGAAAAGGAAGAGGAGAAUAAAAGGAAAAGAGAGCAGUUAGAAGCCGAGCUUGAAGGAGACAAGGAGGACGCGGCGAGGAAGUUGGAGGAUGAAUUUGAGGAGAUGGAGGGGUUGGAACAAAGAGUGAAGAAGUUAAGAGAGAAACGGGAAGCAUUGAGGAGGAAAGAGAGUGUGGUCGGGUUGGUUGAGGCCCCACCAAUCCCUCCGCCAGAGGGCAGCGGUACGCAUGAGGAGGACGAGGAGGAUGAUGAUGAUGAUGCGGACGACGAUGACUGGGAUGGCUUUAGGAUGAGGGGUUAGACCAGAGUGAUUCUCGAACCUGUACAACAUGUGUGCUUCAUUAUACCCAAUGGAAUAAUCCGGCGCGUUAAUUUCAUCGAACGAUCCAAUGCAUCGU